AUGAGUGUGAUUAUCCCGUUGAUCACAGUUACCGGAUUCUGGCUUCUUGUUGGUGCUGGUGGCCCGUUCAUCGUCCCAAAAGGUCCGAAUCGAGGUAUCAUUCAAACAAUGAUCAUACUGACGGCAUGCUGCUGUUGGCUGUUCUGGAUUUUGGUCUAUUUGCAUCAGCUGAAUCCUCUGAUUGGUCCUCAGCUACCGGUGAGGACGAUACGUUGGAUCGCCGAAAAAUGGGGUACCGCAAAGCAGACUGUCUCUUUGUAA